AUGGUAGGUCCAGAUCAAAUACAUGAUAGCUCUUUGCCAAUGAGAGAUAGAAUGGAAGCUUUAAUUCGUUUGAAGCAACAAGAAAUUACUCAAGCUAUUGCAAAUCUUGACACAGUUACAUUUCAUACAGAUUCAUGGACAAGAGGAGAUAAGGGAGGAGGUGGAUCAUCAAUGGUUUUACAAAAUGGUACAACAUUUGAAAAAGGCGGUGUGAAUAUUUCAAUAGUUCAUGGGAAAUUACCACCACAAGCGAUUGAAAGAAUGAAAAAUGAUCACUCAAAUUUAAAAGGUACUGCAAAAGAUGGUAGUAUUGAUUUUUUUGCAUGUGGUUUAUCAUUAGUUAUCCAUCCUCAUAAUCCUCAUGCUCCAACUACUCAUGCUAAUUAUAGAUAUUUUGAAACUACCGAUCCAGAAACUGGUGAUUUACAAACUUGGUGGUUUGGUGGUGGUGCUGAUUUAACUCCUUCUUAUUUGUAUGAAGAAGAUGCUAAACUUUUCCAUCAAAAACAUAAAGAUGCUUUGGAUAAAUUUGAUCCUGAGCUAUUUCCAAAAUUUAAAAAAUGGUGUGACGAAUAUUUUCUUAUAAAGCAUAGAGGUGAAACAAGAGGUGUUGGUGGUAUAUUUUUUGAUGAUUUUGAUUCAAAACCAGCUGAUGAGAUUUUGAAAAUUGUUGAAAGUUGUUUUGAUGCUUUUAUUCCUGCUUAUUGUCCAUUAGUUGCUAAAAGAAAAGAUACUCCAUUCACUCCAGAACAAAAACAUUGGCAACAAAUAAGAAGAGGUAGAUAUGUUGAAUUUAACUUAGUUUUGGAUAGAGGUACUCAAUUUGGUUUACAUACUCCUGGCUCAAGAGUUGAGAGUAUAUUAAUGUCAUUACCUGCAACUGCUGCUUGGGUUUAUGAUCAUCAUCCAGAAGCUGGUUCCGAAGAGGAAAAGUUGGUUCAAGUUUUGAAAAACCCGGUUGACUGGGUUUAA